GUGCAGGCUGCCUGGAUGGCACAGUGGGUUUCCCGUUGGACUGUUAACCUCAAGGAGACCCAGCAGAAAUCUACGAAUGUGGUCUACCAGGCCCACCACGUGAGCAGGAACAAGAGAGGACAGGUGGUUGGAACAAGGGGUGGAUUCCGAGGAUGUACUGUGUGGCUUACAGGUCUCUCCGGUGCGGGGAAAACAACCGUGAGCUUCGCUCUGGAAGAGUACCUAGUCUCCCAUGCCAUCCCUUGUUACUCUCUGGAUGGGGACAACGUCCGCCAUGGCCUGAACAAAAACCUGGGCUUCUCCCCUGGGGACAGAGAAGAGAACAUCCGCCGGAUUGCCGAGGUGGCCAGGCUGUUUGCAGAUGCCGGUCUGGUCUGCAUCACCAGCUUCAUUUCACCUUUCACGAAGGACCGUGAGAAUGCCCGCAAAAUCCAUGAAUCAGCGGGACUGCCGUUCUUUGAAAUAUUCGUGGAUGCGCCGCUCAAAGUUUGUGAAAGUCGAGAUGUGAAAGGCCUUUACAAACGGGCCCGGGCUGGGGAGAUUAAAGAAACUGACCUGGUCAAGGUUGGAAGCAGGCUGUACUCAGAAAACUUCCAGACCCUCAACUCUUUCUACCGGAAAACAAACUUGACCAAGUGCGAGCUGAGGCCAAGACUCUCCCUUCCUUGUCCAUUACUAAGAUUUCCCGCCUUUUCCCUGCAGUCAAGCUGUCAUUUCACAUUUAUUGCUGCUGUAGAUAAGCCUCUGCAGGACUUCUUCCCUCAAACUGUUACAGCCCACAAACGAUCCUCGAUUUUGGCCAUGCGCCUUUUGCAGGAUGUGUUUGGAAAGGGCAUUGUCCACCCUGGAGGCAGAGCUUCGUGCCCUCCGUUCACGCCUCCCGUGGCUCUUUCCACAGAUGGCGUGAUCAACCUGAGCAUCCCCAUCGUCCUGCCGGUGACCACGGAGGACAAGCAGCGCCUGGAGGGGAGCAGCAAGCUGGUGCUGGUGCACGGCGGGCGGCAGGUGGCCAUCUUGCGAGACCCCGAAUUCUACGAGCACAGGAAAGAGGAACGCUGCUCCCGGGUGUGGGGGACGACGUGUGUGAAACACCCCCAUAUCAAAAUGGUGAUGGAGAGUGGUGAUUGGCUGGUUGGUGGAGACCUUCAGGUGCUGGAGAGAAUCAGGUGGAAUGAUGGGCUGGACCAAUACCGCCUGACGCCUCUGGAACUGAAACAGAAAUGUAAAGAAAUGCGUGCUGAUGCUGUAUUUGCAUUCCAGUUGCGCAAUCCUGUCCACAAUGGCCAUGCCCUGCUGAUGCAAGACACCCGCCGCCGGCUCCUGGAGAGGGGUUAUAAGCACCCUGUCCUCCUGUUACACCCCCUGGGUGGCUGGACCAAGGAUGAUGAUGUGCCCCUCGACUGGAGGAUGAAGCAGCAUGCGGCGGUGCUUGAGGAAGGGGUCUUGGAUCCCAAGUCCACCAUCGUGGCUAUCUUCCCCUCUCCCAUGUUGUAUGCUGGCCCCACUGAGGUCCAGUGGCACUGCAGGGCACGGAUGAUUGCAGGUGCCAACUUCUACAUUGUUGGCCGGGACCCUGCAGGAAUGCCCCACCCUGAGACCAAGAAAGACCUGUAUGAGCCCACCCAUGGAGGCAAGGUUUUGAGCAUGGCCCCAGGCCUUACCUCGGUGGAAAUCAUUCCCUUCCGUGUGGCUGCCUACAACAAAGUCAAAAGAGCCAUGGACUUCUACGAUCCAGCAAAGCACGAUGAGUUUGACUUCAUCUCUGGAACGCGGAUGAGGAAGCUCGCCCGGGAGGGAGAGAACCCCCCAGAUGGCUUCAUGGCUCCCAAAGCAUGGAAAAUCCUGACGGAUUACUACCAGUCCCUGGAAAAGAACAACUAAAUGCCCGAGGCUCCAAAGUUUCUUUUUAAAGUGCUCUCUGAUUCCCUUUUCUAUUGUUGUGAUUAGAUGCUUUCUAUUCAGUUGCUUCUCAAUGAGCUGAUUUUCAAGUUACUGUUUAGAACGAGGCAAAAGUGUGUCUGUAAUUUAAAGUCAAGAUGAAUUUAAUUUUAUUUUUUUAAGUCGAAUCAGAGCCCACAGGGAAUGGUAAUAGACCAAUAGUAUAGGAAGUCAGAGGGGCAGCCUCUUCUUCCAGCUCCUCAGGAGAGAAAAGAAAAAGAAGUAAAUGAAGAGGAAUUCUCACCUUGUAUGAGGUAUGGCUCGUGUCAAGAUCCUGGCUCAUGUUAUACCUCAUGCCUGUACACACAGCCUUACCACCUAAUCUCUUUGUUAAAGUGUAAAACCUGACUGUAGAAACCAAAUAUAUGAAAAUGUGAAUUGAACCUCAGAAAUCUAUGCAACCUCAUGCUGCCCAGAAACUCUUACUGUCUGAGGAGGAGGUGAUGGCCUUUUGUGAGCCGCGAACUGCAAGAAAAUGGCGGCUUUGGAGUCGAGUGCUUUGAUGAAAGGACUCCAACAAUCUGGUGGGAUGUGGUGGGAAGUUAACGUGUUCUUUGCUGUGGUCAUUGUGCCCUGGGCAUGGGCAGCUGUAACCAAAAACAAAACCCACCAUCAGAGACGCACAGGGUGCUGGAGCUAGUUGGUUAGGACCCGAGCAAAGA